AGAGAUUCCCCAUAACUAGAGAAAAUAGACUAAAAAAAAGGGAUAACUUAGUAUUUCAUAAAGCUCCUUUCCUAUAUGAUUGGUUUAAUACACCAGAAAAAAUGGAUGCUACUUCUCUUUCUUCUAUUGAGGCUCUAAAUGCUCAGAAAAAGCCUAUAAAAUAG